AUGGCCACUCCAGCUCGCUCACCUUGGCCCAGAAUCACAUUCAAACCGCUGCUGGCCGUCGCCUUUGACAUUUGCCGCGCCGUUGGGGAAUCGGCUACCGCCGCUCGCUCCCGUCUGUCCACACAAGUCAGAUAUCAGGGGUGGGCGCUGACCGCCAUAGACCGCAACAUCAGUAGGUUAGUAGCUAAAAAGCCACGCGAACGUUACCGAAAAUUUGCUGUCCCUGUCUCUGGCAUUCAGUCGCUCUUUAUCUUUGCUGCUUCGCCCUCUUCACAUCCUGCCGCCAUCCUCGAUCCAUACCUCGGACACUUCUGA